CUAAAAUCACGAGCACGGAAACGGUGUUUACGUUCCGGUGGUGACUGUGAAUGUGUCAUUUAAAGUUCUCUUAAAACUGUAUAAAGUGUUGUAACGUCAGCGACAGCAAAGACACUAACUUGGCCUGAAGGAUGGCUCAGAAAGGUGGACAGCCCUUCCUCCUGUCCCUCUUCGUGUUUCUCUCCACGCUAUCAUCUCUGCAUGACUGUCACCCUCACCCUGCUCGAUACAUGAAUUCGAUGUUUGCAGCAAGGACCAUCUCCUAUCAUACUGCAGGGAAAGACAUAGCUGCAGAGGUAGCAGGCUACACUGAUGUGGCCAAACAGAUUAUUGAUUUGGCUGUGUCUGGCGCUGCCCAGAACCGCUCUUACAAACGGCUGACUGACUUCACCGACACCAUAGGGAACCGUGUCAGUGGCUCACCCAACCUGGAGAUGGCCAUCAAAUACAUGUACGGUGCUAUGACACAGGAUGGGUUGGAUGUACAUCUGGAGCCAGUCAAAAUCCCACACUGGGUGAGAGGGAAGGAAAGUGCAGAAAUGAUUUUGCCUAGGGCCAAAAGUCUGGCUAUAUUGGGACUGGGUAGCAGUGUGGGGACACCACCUGAAGGCAUCGAGGCAGAAGUGUUGGUUGUAAAGUCUUUUGAGGAACUGAAGUAUAGAGCCAGUGAGGCUGUAGGGAGGAUCGUGGUCUUUAACCAGCCAUUCAUCAGCUACGGGGAGACUGUGGCUUACCGUGCUUAUGGCGCCUCUCAGGCAGCCAGAGUGGGAGCUGUGGCCACACUCAUUCGAUCUAUUACGCCAUUUUCUAUUAACAGUCCCCAUACAGGUUGGCAGGACUACCAAGAUGGAGUGAGGUGCAUCCCUACAGCCUGUAUCACUGUUGAGGACGCUGAGCUGAUGUGGCGUAUGGCACAGAGGGGACAGAAGAUUGUGGUCAGACUUAUAAUGGGAGCAAAGACUCUGCCAGAUGCCGACUCCUUCAACACAGUGGCUGAGAUAAAAGGCUGGCAACACCCUGAGCAGGUCGUCUUGCUGAGUGGUCAUUUGGACAGUUGGGAUGUGGGCCAAGGCGCCAUGGAUGACGGAGGUGGAGCCAUGAUAUCCUGGGAGGUUCUGUCACUUAUCAAGGACUUAGGUUUACGUCCAAGGAGGACCCUACGAACAGUGCUGUGGACAGCUGAAGAGCAGGGUGGAGUUGGAGCACAGCAGUACUACAAUCUACACAAGGGAAACCUGUCCAACUUUGACCUGGUAAUGGAGUCUGACUUGGGAACAUUUAAUCCAGUGGCUCUUCAGUUUACUGGCAGUGAAGCAGCACGAAAGGUGAUGGAAGAAGUGGUGAAAUUAUUGGCUCCCAUUAAUACGACCAAGCUGGAAACAUAUGCAGAAGGGACAGACAUCUCACCAUGGAUGAAGGCAGGAAUACCAGGUGCCAGCCUCCAUGUGGCAGACAGUCGAUACUUUUGGUUCCACCACAGUGAAGGUGAUACCAUGACGGUUCAGGACCCUCAGGACAUGAACCUCUGCUCAGCACUGUGGGCCGUGGUUGCUUAUGUCGUGGCAGACCUGCAGGACAUGCUGCCCAGGUAGCCUGUUACCACACAGGAUGCUGAGCCUCCAGCGAACAUGAGGACUGGAUGAUCACCACGCCUGUACUGCUCAAGUCCAAAACAUGCAGUCAAAUUCAACUUUUUAUUAAAAGAAAAUCCAACAACCUUGA